UGUACUCAUAAAUCCAGUGCCAUGAAUUGUAUAUCUUAUAGUGGUUAUAGUGGAGCUUAUAAAUGUGUCCACAACGAUGAUAAUAAAACAUUAAAGUUUGAACUUGAUGUACCUACCACAAUGGUAAUAUCUACAAUAACAUCUACUAUGCCUUGCUCUAUCAAUUCAUUACAUGAAGUAACAACUUGUUCCAACUUUUUGUAUACAUCAAUGUUACAGCAUGAGUCAAUAGCUUCAUCAUUAUCAUUUGCAUCACCAUCAUCUUCAAUGAUAUCCCCAGUACAAUCGUCAUCAACAGUGCCCCAUUACGCUGGUAUUGGUUUAUUAGUAGCUACUAACCUACUGACAAUCAUUGCAUUAAUCAGUAGCUGUGUCUACAUAUUCUGCCAGAGGAAAAAAUCAAAAUUCAUCGUAACAGAGAAUGAACAAAUACCUUUACAAAACACAUCUCCUCAAACUGAAGCAACAAGUCACAACACUGAAACUAGCCCAACCAGUAACAAUAAUGCUAACAUUACUUCUGGUACUAACAUAUACUCCUCAGUUGAAGAUGAAGUUGAUCAUCAUCAUCAUCACCACCGCCCACCAGCAAGAGUAGCCAGUCAAUAUGAAGUACCUCUGGACUUAUUACAGCAAGCACAUGUCCCUCUCCCUCCUCCUCCUCCUCUUUAUGCUACACUUGAUGAUCAACAUGAUCUUACUCUACCCAACCCUGAGUAUAUUACUAAUACAGCAGUAACAGCACCUAAUCCUGGCUACAUUACUAAUAUAACACCUAAGGCUAAUCCUGGGUAUAGCAGUACUGCUAUCAAAGAAGGAGAAGGAGAGAGAGAGAGGAGAGAAGAAUUGGAUUACAGUUAUGCCACUGUUAAUAAGUUCCUCAAGAAACCCACUGAGGACACUGAGUAUAAUAAACUCCAGCAUGAAUAGCAUACAUAGCUGCUUCAGACUGCUUGUGUGUAUAUUGUUGAUUUUUAUUUUGUAUACAACUAAACUAUGUCCUCUUUAAUUAUCAUGACUCAGUUUUUCAAAAUAUAUUCUAGAUCUUAAUUCUAUUUUUAAUAUGUACAUUCAAGGGAACACUCUCCUUCAAUGGA